AUGGUCCUUAUUGCCGUCGACAGGUGGGCGUGCAUCACAUAUCCUCAUAAAUACGAGCGUCUGGCUACUAUACCUAAGGCAGGGAUACUCAUUGUGCUCGUCUGGAUUAGUGGAAUACUUUUGGGGACCGUUCCACUGUAUGCUAAUGAGUGGACACGCAAUACUGAUUGCGUAUUUUUCAAAGUACUCAACCCAGAGUACCAGAUUUACGUUCAAGGUGGAUUCUUCAUUGUGACCUCGGUAAUUAUUGCUGCUUGCUACGGUCAUAUGUUUCGUGUUGCUAAGAGACGGACAGAGACUUUGCGUCGGCUAACAUCAACCGGAUACACUCUCAAGAAGGAUACACAGAUGGCCAAAUUCAAAAGAGACUGGGAGCUGGUUAAAAUGUUUAGUGUUAUUUUUGUCGUGUUUUUCCUCUGUAGUGCUCCAAGUUUCCUGUUUAUCAUCGUCACCUACACGGCAGGAGUCCCAGAAAAUUUUAUUAGCUUCACUACUCCGCUCCUUCUGACCAACUCUGGGAUGAACUUUGUUAUUUAUGUGGUGAAAAACUAUCAGUUUCGAACAGCGCUAAAAGCCACAUGUUUGAAUUGUCGAACAUCAAUAGUUGCUGCCACAUAA